UCUUGAACAGGUUCUUUUGAACUCGGUCGACCAUAAAGCCAAACCAAGCACAAGCAAUAACAAACCAUGGAAGCCACGAUUUGAUAAAUAUCACCUCAGGAGUGAGAACCCAAUUGCUGCAUCUAAGGUUUUCGAUUUAAUUCCCCACUGGGGGAUUCAGGAGAGAUGCAGAAGAGAGUAGUGUGUGGAAUUUCCCAUCUUCAGAAAUUGCAUUUCCGUUCAAACUCGAGCAUCUCUUUCGCCACGGCAAGGACCCGAACCCUAGAAGGAGGGGCUGAUGAUCCGAUGUACACAGACGUACCGAAGCCCCCUAGGAAGAAAUCGGAGAGGAAACCCUACCCGACGCCCAUGAAAGUUUUGAUUCGGAGGGCCAAGGAGGAGAGAGAGGCGAGAAAGGCUGAGCCUUGUAGGAUGCUCCAAGAAGCUCCUGCUAACGGCCUACUCGUUCCCGAAUUAGUCGAAGUGGCUCACGGAGUCUACCGAUCCAGGGAAUCCCUUCUCUACGGCCUAUCGAUGCUCGUCGAUGUCGUAGUACCCGUUAAAAGAUGCAGAUUCUGCUCUGAAGUUCACAUUGGCGAUGUGGGACACGAAAUUAGGACAUGCACCGGGCCUAGGAGCGGUUUCCGGAGCGCCACUCAUGUAUGGAGGAGAGGAGGCAUCGAGGAUGUGGUGUAUUUCCCCCAAUGCUACCACCUCCAAGACCGAGUCGGGAAGCCUAGGAUCGGGCACGAUGAGAGGUGUAAGGUCGUGAGACUGCCCGCAAUCGUUGAACUGUGUAUACAGGCAGGCCUAAACAUCAGAGAUUAUCCCACAAGUAGAAGAAAGAAACCAGUUUACUGUAUCGAAGGAAGGAUUGUAGAUUUCGAGUCCGAAGAAGAACUGGAGAUGUUGGAAGAUUCACAACAACCAGAAAUUCAACCAUGGAACGAGAAUGACGAGGAAAAGAACAUGGGUGGUAGUAAUAGUAGUAGCAGCACAGUGGGUGUUAGGACACUAAACUCAUGGUUUGAGAUGAUUUCAGGAGCUAAGAAGCUCAUGCAGAAGUACAGCGUGUGGACGUGCGGGUAUUGUCCAGAGGUUCAAGUGGGACCCAAGGGACACAAGGUGAGGAUGUGUAGGUCAUCAAAGCACCAGUCUCGCAAUGGCUUGCAUGCAUGGCAAGAAGCCACCAUAGACGAUUUGGUUGGGCCCAACUACGUUUGGCACGUUCGAGAUCCUCAUCAUGGACCAGCUUUAGCCAAUGACCUGAAGAGAUACUAUGGUAAGGCACCCGCCGUGGUGGAACUGUGCGUGCAGGCAGGUGCUCCCGUUCCAGAUGAGUAUAGAAGCAUGAUGAGAUUAGAUGUGGUUCCUCCCCAGCCCGAUGAAAUCGAUCUUGUUGCAUGAUUUCGUUAUCCUACAUGAAUUAAUGCCAGCCUAAUUUACACUUUUCGUGUCCCACAUCACCAUUGAUACUCAGAUUCACAGUUGGCGUUGCAAUUAUUCUUUUUACUGUGUUCUAAGAGACUUUGUUUCUACUCUUUGUUGUUAUUUAGAAAAAGCUAAAUCAUUUUUACAGUGGAACAAGGCUUGGUCUUUGAUGCUUGGCUUUGU